UAAGUGUUUAAAGUUCGUCUCCCUGCUCCAUUUCAGCAACAUGUCCGCCUUCUGCUGUUCUCCACAGGUCUGGUGGACGUUGGUAGCCGUCCUCCAGGUCGGCGCGGCGCACCCCCACCGAGGCGCCAGGGCAGGUCGCUCCGCAGCCUGCAGAGAAGACACAGAGUACCUGCACAGCAGCAUCUGCUGCUUGAAAUGUGAAGCCGGUCAGUUCGUGAAGAGCCACUGCACCGAAGCCGGACAGAAAGGAAGCUGUGAAAAAUGCGAGGAUGGGACGUUCACCGAGCAUGCCAACGGGUUGAAACAGUGCAUCAAGUGCACCCAGUGCCCCCCAGAUCAGGAAAUGCUCAGGGCCUGCACCCCCACCCAGGACACCGUCUGUCAGUGCAAGCCAGGGAGGUACUGCCAUCCAGACGAGGCGUGUGAAAUAUGCAAGAAGUGCAGGAGCUGUAAAGGUGAUGAGGAGGUUGUGAAGAACUGCACCUCAACCAGCGACACCGAAUGCAAGAAGAUCCAGCCCAGAUCUACAGCAGAUGAAGCCCUGACCAAGAUGGCCGUUGGACUGUGUGUGUCUGCUGGGAUCAUUUUGGUGGCUUUGUUAAUCUUCGUCAUCUGGAAGAAGAGACGAGGAACAGCAGAGUCCAGCAGUGUGAAACCGAAAUGUUUCCCAGUUACUCCAGAGCCCAGCACAGCUGGAGGCCACGGCAAGGGCCUGGUAGCCGACAAACUCCAACUACAUGUAAAGGAAGAGAAGGAAAAGCUGCUUAAUAGCGAAAACAGCUCUGCCAGCAGCUCACGGCACAGCCUAACCGACAGGAGGGAGGACGAGUCGUUUCCCAUCCUGGAUCCUGUCGACGGCGUCGAAUCUCUGAAGAAGUGCAUCGAGUUUUUUGAAGAAGUCGACGUGGAUUUUCACAAGAGGUUCUUCCGUCAGCUCAGCUUGAAUGACAAUAUGAUCAAAAGCAGGGAUUACCUCCCGUAUGAAGAUAAGAUCCACGAACUGCUGAACCACUGGGUGGAGAAGGAGGGCAAAGACGCCAGCCUGAACGAGCUGCUGAGAGUUUUACUGGAUCUGAACCAAAGAAGAACGGCAGAGCGCAUCGUGCAGAGAGCCGUCGACGGCGGGCAUUAUCGUCACCAGGCCGCAGCUCUGGAGGUGUGAAGACGACGCCCCGCGCGUCCUAGUCAAAGUUUGGUCACAGACCGCCGCCUGAACAGAACCAGCGUUGAACCCAGCCUGGGGAAAAGUGACUGAUGGAUCUGUUUCCGUGGUUACGGCGUCUCUUUCAUCCUGACUGGAUGGUCGGCAUCGGCGCAUUUUAAUCGUUUUCCAUUAGCUUAUUGUUUUAUUACCUGAGUCAAACAUGGCUGAUGAUGUUUAUUUAAGCGCCGACCGUUCCGAUAUAUUUAAGCACUGAAAACUGAUUUAAUUUAUUAUACGACAGCAGAAUAUGAUCUGAAUUUUUCUGCCUUUAUUUAAUUUUUUUUUACUGUUUAAACCACAACUUUUUUUUUUUCUGACUCAAAAUGAAAGUGUUUUAUUUAGUUGUUGUUUUUUUGGGCAGAGAAAAGGAAAACAGGUUAUAUCUGUUUGGGUGUUUCCGUAGAUUCCUAAGUGAUGAAGUCAUUUUUUUACUCAUUUGUUUUUGUGUCUAUAAAGUGUUCCGUGCUGCUGGACGCCAACGCCGUCAUUUUUUUUUGUACCUGUCUUUUCGUUCAGGCGUCUCGGCUCCGUUAAGGAACGUUUUUACUUCCAUGUUACUCGUUUCUGUCCUGAAAACUUCCUGUUCAUCCGCAGUUCAGUUUAUUCUGAUUUAAAGAUGAAUUAAACACAAAGAAAACCUCCACUUGUGUUUGAAUUU